UGGGGUGAUGAAUUGCCACACUACCCACUUCUCAAUUUUCUCAGUUUUCUCGACCUCCACAUUCUACAUCUUUUUUCAGAAGUUGUCAAUUGGACCCCGCUCUCUGCAAGGCAAGGUCGCAUUUGGGGGUUUACCUCUCAGCUUGGAUUCUGGGUUAGAGGUUUGUGUAGGUAAGGGCAUUGUUUCGUUGCUUGAAUAGGGAUUAAAUUUUCGUAGGGGAAGAGAGGAGGGUGCGAUGGCUGCCCUGGAGGUCAUUAAAGCGGGGUUAGCAGUGCCACCCGCAGCACGUUCAAGAGCUGACUUAUGGCAUCCUGCACCGUCGUCUUCAUCUCUAUCAUUGAUACGUAAAGUUUGUUCUGUGUCCACGAGGAGGAGUGAUGGCUACAUGCUAAUGUCAAGGGCUUGUAGAAAGACGCCCUCGUCGCAACGUCUCUACAACGAGUUCUCGUGCCCCUUCGUGCACAGCAGUAUGCAGAGCUUCAUAGCCGGUGAGGGAAUGUUUUCAGCUUGGAGGUCAUUGAAGAGGACACAGAGUUGUGGUCGCAGCGGCGUUGUGACCAUGGUCAUUCCAUUUCAGCGGGGAGACGCUCGGCAACAGCCACCUCCAGAUUUGCCGUCAUAUUUGUUCAAGAACCGGAUUGUCUUCUUAGCAAUGUCACUCGUCCCUGCCUUCACAGAACUUUUCAUGGCGGAGUUGCUUUACUUGCAAUACGAUGAUCCUGAGGAAUCUAUUUACAUGUAUAUCAACUCUACAGGUACCACCAAAGAUGGUGAGAAGCUGGGAUAUGAAACUGAAGCAUUCGCCAUCUACGACACCAUGCGCUACAUGAAGCCUCCCAUCUUUACGUUGUGUGUGGGUAAUGCUUGGGGUGAAGCGGCUCUUUUGCUGGCGGCAGGCUCCAAAGGAAACCGGGCUUGUUUGCCUUCUGCAACGAUCAUGCUCAAGCAGCCGAUAGCUCAGUUCCGGGGUCAAGCAACCGAUAUUGACAUUGCUCGGAAGGAAGUUCGUAACGUGAAGGAAGAGUUCGUGAAGUUGCUCUCAAGACACACAGGACAACCUCCUGAGAAGAUAACAGGUGAUAUCAGGCGGCCGAAAUACUUCAAGCCGGAUGGAGCUGUUGAUUACGGCAUCAUUGACAAGGUUCUGUACGUAGAAGGAGAUGAGAAGAGAAGUAUAGCAUCAGAUCUCAAGAAAGCGCAGCUUAUCUGAUCAACUGUAUCACAGGUGUCCAUCGAUGAGGUACUUUUAGGUUUGUAGGUGUUAUGAAUAUGGAAGCUGGAAGUACUCUGGCUACUUUUUGUAGAGCUAUAGGGGCUGUAUCUUAACGAGCUGAAACUGAAAUGUAAUUCAGGUUUCUCAUGUUGAAGAUCAUAACAGAAUGAGCACUUUGGCUUGUACGUGUAAUUUAAACGUUAAGCUAUUUUUGGAUCCAAA